CAAACCCGACGGUAUCGCUGGUUAUUUGCAUUGUGCAGCGCGUGAAGCAUACCUUAUCUUCUGCUCGCUUGUGUCCGCUUUCUCAUGGAACUCCGAAAGGACAUCCAUUUGUCUGUUCAAGUGAUGUCAUUUCGCUGCCGUCGAUAUUGUAUUUUCCACUUGGAAGGUCUCCCUGCUUCGCUUUACAUCAUGCACGACAUUGAUGAUUCCGUAGUGCCUGGAUCAGUCUACCUUGUCGACGUCCAGGAGAAAACGACGGUUGUGCACGCAGGAAAUGACAGUGCCAUUGUGCUCAGUCCGACGCCUUCGAGUGAUAUUAACGAUCCUCUGAACUGGAGUAGAGGCCGGAAACUUUUGCAGAUCGUCUGCGUGAUGAUAUACACAAGCGCUAUCGGCAUUGGGACAACCAUGCUGUACUCCAUCUUGCAGCCUAUUUCCAAUGAUACGGGAAUACCUCUUGCAACGCUUAAUGCGGGCACCGGAUACAUCUUAGGCUGGGGAGCGCUGAUAAACCAGCCGCUCGCUCUUACCUUUGGAAAGCGUGGUAUAUAUCUGAUUUCAGUCCUGGGCAACACUGCCAUCUGUCUGUUGACGCCGUACAUCAAGACGGAAGGCCAGUGGAUCGCCAGCAAAAUCGUACAGGGUUAUCUCUGCACUCCUGUCGAGAGUCUGUGCGAAGUCAGCAUUGCAGAUACAUUCUUUGCGCAUGAACGUGGAACGUAUAUUGGAAUUUACACGCUCUUUCUGUUUGGGUCGGUCUUCAGUUUCAUAUAUGAUGGCCAAGGAUGGCAUUGGGUGAUGUACUGGGCUGCGAUCAUAAACUUCGGUUCUCUCAUAGUGUUGUUUUUCUUUAUGGAAGAGACAAACUUCGUACGCAAUACAAGUGAAGCGACAGAAGCCGUGCGCUUCAGUACCAAACCAGGUGCUGAGAAAGACGACAAGGAAUCAACUACUUCAUCUCCUGUCCCUUCUGGGGAUUUGACAGGCAUACCUAAAACAUAUUCGCAACGGCUCGCUUUAUUUGGUGGGCGCUAUGCGUCAAACAAGCUGCUGCUCACGAUGACGUACCGUCCCGUAAUUCUGCUGCGCUUCCCUGUCAUUUUCUGGGCAGGGUUUCAGUAUGGAACAUGUCUCGUGUGGUAUAACGUCCUGAAUGCCACUUGUUCAUUGAUCCUCAGCGAACAACCCUAUAACUUCAGAGCGAGCUUUGUCGGAUUAACCUACCUCGGCCCUUUGAUUGGCAUGUUUCUUGGAACAUUCUAUAGUGGGUGGGUGGGUGAUCGGUUUGCUGUGAGAUAUGCUCGUCGAACGCGCGGUAUCCGAGAGCCAGAGCAUCGCCUUUGGCUCAUGGUUGUUUCGCUUCUUUUAUGUCCAGCUUCUCUCAUCCUCUGGGGAGUUGGUGCGUCCAAGGGCAUCAGUUGGGUCGGCCUCGUCUUUGGCAUGGGCAUCAUUUCUUGCUCAACUGACAUGAGUGGGGAGGUAAUGAUGGCUGUCAUCCUUGUUCGCAAUACCCUUUCGUUUGCUAUUGGAUAUGGGAUCACCCCUUGGCUUUACAUGGGUUACCAGAACACAUUUAUAUCUGCAGGCUUCGUCGGGCUUGCUAUUACGAUGACUUUCCUCAUUGUUAUCAAGUGGGGAAAGAGCUGGCGAAUAGCGAGUCGUAAAAGAUACUGGGGAUAUGUUGCUGAUGGUACUCUUGGGCAUUAGACACAUUAACAAGCCGAUUCUCAAAAUGCCAAAUGUCAUUGGCACACCAGAAAGAAAGUUUGCUAUGGGCCUCAUACGAUCUGUCGGAAUUUAAAGACCCCUGUGGGGAAUCUGGCAUGUCGAGACAUUACUUUUUGCAUGCAGGUGAAUGCAUGCAUGUGCGUACGGAAGGUUCAGGUACUAAUCUCCCUGGCACCUCAACAAGGCACCUUUACCUUGGAAUCAAAUAUUGAAGCGGCCAGUAUCAACAUACAUCCGAGUCAACGCAGGAGUUGACUGGCUCGUCUCAAAGUAGGGUUGUACCAUUGUCAAUACCUGGAAUCAGCC